AUGACUCCAUUUGACGAGGCGAUCAAGAAGCUCAACGACUCUGGUUACACCAACUUCGUGUCCCUCGUCAAUGCUUACGGCAAAAUCAAGGAGGUUAAAGCCGCACUCUCCAAGCCGCUGACGAUGCUCGUGCCCAGCAACGACGCAAUCAAGAAGGUCAAAAUCACGUCGUACAAAACCACGGAGCUCGCGGCGCUUGUCGGCUUCAGCGCGUUCAAGGAAGUCAUCCCAGGCGACAUGCUAAAAUCGCUGCCCGAGGGCAAAAACAUUACAACGCUGACCGCGUUCAAAAACGGCAAGCCAAUGACGCUGCAGAAGCUGGCGAACAACAAGAAGGGGCAGGUGGUGCUGCAGGGGAAGAAGGGCAGCACGAUGGCGAUCACCAAGCUCAACUUCUACGUCAAAACCGGCAAGCUCAUCGUUCACACCACGGAUGCGAUCGCGUUUCCCACUACUCUUGACGGGAAAGUAAUGUAG